UUCCUCUCCAGCCCGGGUGUGGAGACCUCUCUGCCGGCCGGGCCGAGGUGCUGGAGCGGCCCGGCAGCAACUGCGGCGAUGGUGAGGGCCCGGCGGGGCAGGGAAAGAGUUGGAGCGGUGCCAGAAGCAGGCGGACGAGGUGACGGAAAUCAUGCUCAAGAACUUUGACAAGGUCCUGGAGCGCGAUGGGAAACUGGCAGAACUGGAGCAGCGUUCAGACCAACUCCUGGACAUGAGCUCAGCUUUCAGCAAGACAACCAAGACCCUGGCCCAGAAGAAGCGCUGCGAGAACAUCCGUUGGCGUAUCUACCUGGGGCUAGUGGUGGGUGGUGGCCUGCUCAUCAUCCUGAUUGUGUUGCUGGCCAUCUUUCUCCCACAGAGAAGUCAGGGCAGCAGUGCCCCACAGGCCCAGGAUGCAGGUGCUGCCUCGGGGCCUGGGGACUGACCCAGUUGGGCUUGAAGGAGAGACCAGACGGCUGCAGUGGCUGAUUCUGGUCUCCAAAGAACCUCGGCAUUUGCUCCUAUCUGAGCCACCGCAAUGAGCGCCUAAGGGCAGCUCCAAAGUGUGCACCUUCGCAUCUCCUAUCACGCCACACACUGGCCCUUGAGGGCAGCCUGCUGUACUGGCCAUGCUAGGCUAGCCCCACUUGGAGCUCAGUAAACGCUGCUGCUUGGUUAAAAGCUGCUCUUUGGUUAACAGCUGGUUGCGUGUAUGUGUAUGUGUAUUUUUGAAGGUCUCCAGGUUGGUUCAUUUUGCUCCGCCUUUACCCCAUGGGCUGCUUAGAAAGGCUACCAACCAAGGGACUUCAUCCUUGGAAAGUGGCCCCUUCCUCUCACUUCCGUAUUUGAUCCAACCCUACACAGACAGGUGUAAAGACACAACUGCCCCCAAAUGAGACCCUUCAAUUAUUGCCCUCUAGGCUUGUUUCCCUGAGAAUGAAAUCUCUUAUUAUCCUCAUGUCCUGGGAGGCUCAGAGGACCAAUGGGACUCCAGAUGGGAUGACAGAGGAAAGCACUUCAGAGAUUUUUAUAUCAUGAGGCUUUCACCUUUAGAAAGAUUUUUUUUUUUUUGUCCUCUGAACAUUCCCUCCUCCCUGAUUUCUCUGCUUACGUUUUUCCUUAAACUUUACAUCAAGAUCAGAUGAGGCAGGUGGCAGUGAAAACAAAAAGGGUCACUGUGGUGCUGUGAUGCAAUCACAAAGGAUGACCUGGGGUUUACCCUGUAGGAGAGGAUUUGGAAGCCCUGGCUGGGUAGCUCAGUUGGUUAGAGUGUCGUCCCGAUACACCAAGGUUGGGGGUUUGAUCUCUGGUCAGGGCACAUACAAGAAGCAACCAAUGAACACAUCAACAAGUGGAACAACAAAUUGAUGUUUCUCUCUCUUUCCCCCUGCCUGUCUCUCUAAAAUCAAUAAAUAAAAAAAGAUAGCCCUGGCUGGUGUGGCUCAGUGGAUUGAGCUCCGGCCUGCAAACUGGGAAGUCACCAGUUCGAUUCCUGGGUUGCAGGUCAGGUCCCUGGUUGGGGGCAUGUGAGAGGCAACUGAUUGAUGUAUCUCUUGCAUAUCGAUGUUUCUUUCCCUCUUUUUUCUCCCUCUCUCCCCCUCUCUCUGAA